CGUUCACUCUCUCACUCACUCACUUACUCCCUCGCCGCUGCCUCUCUACGGCUGUGUGGCGCUCUUUUCUUCUCUUUCUUUUUCUUUCGCUCCCUCACACCUUGCCUGUCCCCUCCACUGCCUCCGCCUACCCCUCGUCCUCCUCAUCCUCAACAAGUUGGGAUUACCAUCGGACGCUCGGCAAAAUGGAGCCCAGGACACCCCUGUUGUGAAGCGAGCUUGCACCUCCAGCCAAACCGGGAUGAGCGUCCCGUGGAGCGCGCGCUCGGCGGCCCCGGCCAGGUGGGCGCACAAGCGGCUCGACUCGGACUCGGAGCCGCCGCAGCCUCCGGCCAAGCGCGCCCGCAGGCUGAGCAGCGAGGCCGGGGACGCGCACGGAGGAUUCCUCGUUGGCACAACCGCGAGCACCCCCGCCGUCACCCAGCGGACACCGUCCAGGAUCGGACCCUUCCUGCUGGUGCCUGCCGCCACGACCGAGUGCGACGGCUCACACUGCCGCGCCGUGCACGUCGACACCGGCGACGAGCUUCUGUGCCAGGUCUUCAGCAUGGCAGAGUACCAGCAGAAGAUCCAAGCCUAUGGGGUGGUGCCCCCACACCCGGGCGUGUCCAGCAUCCAGGAGGUGAUCCUCGGGGAGCACAAGGUCUACAUCUUCCUGGAGAAGGACUUUGGCAACAUGCACACGCUGGUGAAGAGCCAAAGGCAGCUGGACGAGACACGGGCGAGGGUGCUCUUCCGGCAGAUGGCGGAGGCGGUGGCGCACUGCCACCAGGCGGGCGUCGUACUGGGCGACCUCAAGCUGCGCAAAUUUGUUUUUGUCGACCAAAACAGGACCCAAGUGCGUCUGGAGAGUCUGGAAGACUGCCACGUCCUGGAGGACCCGCGGGACGACGCCAUGUGCGACACACACGGCUGUCCGGCCUACGUCAGCCCGGAGAUCCUCAGCGGGGCGGCACCCUACUCGGGCAAGAUGUCUGACAUGUGGAGCCUGGGCAUAGUGCUGUACACCAUGCUGGCGGGCCGCUACCCUUUCCACGACGCCGACCCGGGCGCACUCUUUUCCAAAAUCCGGCGGGGUCACUGUUGCUUACCCGAGGGACUCUCGCCCGGGGCCCGCUGCCUAGUCCAGAGCCUUCUGAGGAAGGAACCAACGGAGAGAGUGACGGCUUGCGAGUUACUGGCGCACCCGUGGUUCCGACACCCAGCAACGGAAGCGAGCCCAGCCGAGCAGAUGGUGCCAUCUUUCGAGGCGGAGGACGACGACCGUCUGCUCUCCUGACCAAAUAGGGACCCGCCUGUGUACUGUGGAUUGGCAAAAUCAGUGCAGAUGGGCCACUAGGUGGCGGCAAAGCACUUAAAACAGUGGACCAUCAAGCAUCAACACGGUGCUUCUUGCAUGUGCGCGAUCAUAAACUAACAACCGUCUUCUGCAAUCAAAGUAUUUAACUACCUUUGCCAAGAGCAUUGGCUAGCCUAAUAGGAAGCUAGCACAAAUAGAUCUCGCAUUAAGCAAGCAGAUAUUUGCACGAGCACUUUACACAAAUGGUAUUGUGACAUUUAAUUAAGUUUUGGACAGUUCUAAUAUGUUUGGGGAAACAAUUUGAUAUGAAACACAAUAACAAUUCCCGCACCGAGGUGCUUGACUGGCUUUGGCCGACGAGCUGAGAUUUUCAGUUGAAUAAGCGAGGAUACCAAAGAUUUUUAAAAAAGAAAAAGAAAGAAAUCAGCAAAUUUGUGAAUGCUAAACUUUGGGGCUCGCUGUACCGUGUUUGUGUACUCUAUGGGCAUUUAUUUUUUAAUUGUUGGUGCUAAGACAAGUUUGAAGUCAAGACAUCGUAAGACAUUUGGCUGUCUUAACAGACAGCCAGAAUUUGUCUCACGUUGAUCGACGCUCAAAACGACGGGCAAAAGGAUGCAGUCUUUGAUAUACAUACAACAAAUUGCGUCCAAUGCCAAACAAAAACUUGAAUGAUGAUAUUUUUCUUAUUUUGAGGUAUUUACUUUGAAACAAGAGCGCAUUAUUUAGGAUGUUUUUUGGGCGCUAAUGAUGUUUGACAAGUCCUUCAAUUGUCGGCGCUCAAACGGAGCAACCAAGAGCGGCGCUACGCUUGGCCGGCUUAACAGAUGUCGGCGGCGACGACAGAACUCGUCAGCCUGGCUGACUGGCGCCCGGCGCAGAUGCGUCACGCUCAUUCACACACACGAGCAAAAACUUCCAUGAUACCACUUUUGAUGACUAUCAUCGUGAACCUCGUGAAAAUAUUAAAACGCGUUUCUUCUGAUACUUCAUCCGAAAAACCUGUCUAGCCUCCUCUGAGCAUUGCGUAAUCACACGGCUGCCUAUGUUGACAGGCUAUGCAGUUAGACUGAACUGCUCUCUGUCUUUAUGUUGCUGUUUAAGUGUUCAAACACUGGCUAUAUUAACUUAUUUCCGUAGUUAAGCUGGUGUAUAUAAUGUCUUGUGUUUUUUGUCAUCCGUCUGUAACGUCGUGUUGCUUUAGAUCAGUGCUUCUCAAUUAUUUUCUGUUACGCCCCCCCCUAGCAAGAAGAAAACUAUUCGCGCCCCCCUCCCCACCGUGACUAUCCUAACUUGUCUUGUAAGUCGUAAAAUGUUGCACUGUCGCAAACGUGACAGAAGUAACAAUGAGAGCGCCACUGCCCCCUGCUGUAGUAAACGCGCAAUUACACGUUAUUCUAGUACUGCCAAAAAAAAAGCCUGUUCCCCAGGAUCACACGCGCCCCCCCAGGAAUAGCACCGCGCCCCCCAAGAAGCACUGCUUUAGAUGAACAACACGGCUUUGAAAAGAGAUUUUAUGGAGGCUACAAAAAAAGGUUCUCCAGCCUUAUGGCAGUGAUCUCGGGAUGCUUCAUGCGCCCACGGGUAGAAUAAGUGAUCUCCAGUUAAAAUGUACAGUGAACUGAUGAGCAGUCGUCCAUUUACCGUAUUUUCCGCCCUAUUAGGCGCACCGGGGUAUAAGGCGCACCUUCAAUGAACGGCCCAUUUUAAAACUUUGUCCAUAUACGUAUAAGGCGCACCGGACUAUAAGGCGCAUAAAAUAGAAGCUUUACUGCAACAAACUGAGGUUGACUAGGGUUGCACUAUGCACCCACUAGCCAAUAACCAACGAGCCCUCUGUAAACAAUCGCGUUUCUCAAACAAGCUCCUAUAAAAUGAUCAGAACUGACUAAAGUUCGAUCUAACGCAUUGGUACUACUUACCUAUGUUUCCCUUCCAUAUCAAUCUGUAGAUUUACUCGAAACAUGAACAGAGCAGCCUAUUUUGACAUGAAAUAGCCUCGCGCGUAUAGCAGCUAUCGUUAUAGCAUUAGCCAUCCGCAAAAACCCAUGACCCUCAGCUCGCAAUCUCCCAUGAGCCUCAGCAAAGUGUAAACAAUCGCGUUUCUCAAACGAGUUCCUAUAAAAUGAUCAGAACUGACUAAAGUUCGAUCUAACGCAUUGGUACUACUUACCUAUGUUUCCCUUCCAUAUGGAUCCGUAGAUUUACUCGAAACAUUAACGAAGCAGCCUAUUUUGAAAUGAAAUAGCCUCGCGGGUACAACAGCUAUUCGGUGACGCCCCCUGACUACAGUUACCGUAAUGCUGGGAAGCGAUGCGACCUUGUAAUUUACUAGUCGUACUAAAACGUACUAAAACAUUUUGGCAGAGCACUGUGUACAACCAGUAUGGACCAACAAAUUCAUCACUUGAUCCAUAUAUAAGGCGCACCGGACUAUAAGGCGCAGUGUUGACUUUUGAUAAAAAUCUAGGUUUUUAGGUGCGUCUUUUAGGGCGGAAAAUACAGUAUUUCGUUUUACAUUCGUUUUGUUUUUGUUUUUACAUUCCGUUUUACAAUGGAGAAUUACAUAUCCAAACGAUUUUCAACGAUGGAUUUUCGGUCGAAGCAGGAGGUCAUCAGUAAAAGAAGAGCAACUCUGGAGUUAAAAGGUUUGAUUUGGACAACUGGACUUCGGAGCAUGUAUCCUCAAACGGAGUGGUACGCACGAUCGAAAACAAGUUUUUGAUUCCAUGUGGUUUACUGAGUGUUUUUAUGUGUGAAGACUGCUGAUAUGAGAUUUUAAUUCAAAUAUUUCAAACUAAAUAAUGAAUAAGCCACACUAGA